AAUAUGUAGCAGCCUAGCUACAUUCUCCGGAGAGGUGGAAAAAGGGAAAAGAAAGAUGCCGAGAAUGAGAUAAUAAAAGAUAAGAUUUCUAGAAAGAGAAGUGUGAAUGUAUUUUCUUUUAUUUUGAACCCAAGUUAGAAAAAUAUCCAACAAUAAACUAUGUCUAUCCAAUCAUCUUCUCUAGGUAUGCCUCCAUUUUCAUAAACCCCACCCAAGUCCAUCGUCAUAUAUACCACCAAACAUAUCAGUAAUUAUUUGCUCUCUCUCUCUCUCUCUAUCUCUCUCUCUCUGAGUUUGUUGUCUUUGGGGUGUUGGUUGUUGGUCUGGAAGAAAAUGGGCAGGAAGUGCUCACAUUGUGGAAACAUAGGCCAUAAUUCAAGGACCUGCACCACUUAUAGAGCGACUGUUGUGGGAGGACUUAGGCUUUUUGGUGUUCAACUUGACAUAUCUUCGUCUUCUGUUGCAAUGAAAAAGAGUUUUAGCAUGGAUUGCUUGUCUUCAGCCUCUCCCUCAUCUCCCUCUCCUUCUUCCUCUAGAGUUUCCAUGGAUGAAAAUUCUGAUAAAACUUCCAUUGGUUAUCUAUCUGAUGGUCUCAUGUGUCAAUCUCCGGAGAGGAAGAAGGGAGUUCCAUGGACAGAAGAGGAACACCGAAUAUUUUUACUUGGGCUGGAGAAGCUAGGGAAAGGAGACUGGAGAGGCAUCUCUAGAAACUUUGUGACUACAAGAACUCCAACCCAAGUCGCAAGUCAUGCUCAAAAGUACUUUCUUCGACAGGCAACUCUCAACAAGAAGAACCGACGUUCCAGCUUGUUUGACAUGGUUAGAAGCAGUAGAAUGGUUGGGACUCAUGUUAACAGCUCUAACUCCCUGAUUAGUCAUACAAUUCCUCAAUUAGGUUUGCAUCAUCAUUAUCAUCGUCAUCAUCAUCCCAUACCCGUUAAUCUGCAGCAUGACUUCACAGAUUCUCAGACAAAAAUAUCAAAUGCAGCACAACCCAUGUCUUCAAAUGUAGCACCUGAUCUGGAGCUCACGCUUGCCGCCCCAAGGCCUUUGGAAGAAAACAAGUCAUCCCCAACAACCUUCCUUAUCAGACCUAUUAGAGUUACUUGACAACUUUGGAAGCAAAAAGAAACUGAACGAAUAACCAUGUCGUUGUUGUUCGGGCUGAUCAAGAUGAAGGAACAUAUAUGGUACUAGUUAAUUAGUAGGAUUAUUUACAUGGAAUUUCCAGCGUAGUUAAUAUUUUUCUCAAGCAAUCGAUUAAUCCUUCCUUGUUUAUUAUCCAGAUUUAGCUCGGAUUUUGCCUGGAUUUAAUCACUUUCUGACCCAUUUAAGGGCCAACAUUAUAUAUGGAACUCUACUUUCUGGUACAAAUAUAUAGUACUUAAUGAUUAUUAGUAGAUUAAUCCUCCUUUUAUUCUUCUACUUGUUCAUGAUUGCAGGGUGUGAAUUAGCCUAUUGCAGGCAUUAUAAUAAUCAGUUCCUUUGAUGGGCCUAAGCCAAUUAUGCCACAGUUUUUGGUAACAAAUUUAUUCAUUAUUGUAUUAACUAGUGAUGAUAACAAAUUAUGGCAUCUUUUUCUUCACCACCACCUCUCCU